AUGUCGGCGGAUUUCUGGGGCAAACCACGAAUUCCGGGUUCUUUGAAAGGUACGGGCUCGGCAGGGUCGUGGCUUGACGCUGCAUUUCCUGACUCUCCUAUAUCGUUGUCGUUUGAAUCCCUGAAAACCUUACUGCUGAAGCAUCUACAGCCGGCUAAUUUCGAAGCUGCUGAACGAGCCAAAUUCCAGUCACUCACACGUGGUGGAAGCCAACCUGUAUAUAACUUUAUUGUUCAACUUCAGACUCAAGCAUCUCGUUGCAACUUCGGAGAUCAUUUGCAAACCCAGUUACGUGAUCGAAUAAUUGCCGGCAUUAAUUGCCCGGAAUUACAGCAAAAGCUCCUGCUCAUGCACGAUUGCACAUUUCAGUCGGCUAAGAAAGUCUGUGAACAGUACCAAGACGUCGGAGCCAUUAUCUGCGAUGAACCCAACUUGUUGUUAAAUGCCAGCAAUUCCAAACAGUCACCAUCCCGGCGAAAGCGGCUUUUCGAAAAGGGCUCGAAAACACCAAGCAACAUCAGUUCUCCGGCCCACAAUCCUGUAGAUUUCAAAAUACCAAGUGUCACAAUUGUGAGGAAUUACAUCCCAGUACAAAUGUCGAAAACAGUACAGAAGAACCCAGAGUAUCUGAAAGAUUACUCAACAAAGCCCAACGUGAUUACAGAAGACCGGAGCUUCGUUCAAGCUGCGGCGGAUGUGGUGGUUGCUCAUGAACUAUGA